GUGUCAUUCGUCACUAUGAGGUUUUUCAUGUCACUGUGUGUGUCGCUGCUCCUGAUUCAUGGUGAAAUAAGCAGCGGUCAAACAACAGUGCAUACUACUUCCAGCUUUGAUCCAUGUCAUCAAUAUACCACUCUGGAUGAAUACUGGCGAAACAUACGAAUAAAGUACUACCUUGACCAUGAUGACACUAUGGUUGAAUGGAGCGGCUGGUAUCGGCUGUAUCUGACUGGACAAAGUGCCCAGAUGUCUGAGUGGUGUAUGAGUUCAAUGGGCUGUGGUGGUUACACUGGACUGUAUCUCAACGGUUCUCAUCCAACACUUGAGGAUGGAGUGGUGACCCGUGAUGUUGUGGGAAGGAAUAUGUGGUCCAAUCAGUGUGGAAAAUACAGAUCCUCAUCCAUCCGAGUCAAAGCCUGUCCAGGAGAUUAUUACGUCUAUGAACUCGUCAAGCCAGAUCUGUCGAUCCCCAAACCUUCAUACUGUGCAGUUGUUAUCCCAAGCAUCAGCAGUGACCCCUGCUACAACUAUGAGCCUCUGGAUCGCCCCUGGAGAGCCAACAAUGAAAGUGGAGAUUCCCUGUGUGAUGAUUCUUUCACCUGGAGGGGCUGGUACAGGCUUUUCUACUAUGGAAUGGACAUCCGGAUGCCAGAGACCUGUACUACUGGAUUAAACUGUAACACAUACACAAAUCUGGUACUCGAUGGUUCUCACCCUCAGAUUGAGGAUGGAGUGGUGAUCAGAGAGGUCUGUGGUAGUUCUUACUGGAGCGGCUGCUGUGAUAGCAAGUCAAUCCCCAUCAGAGUGAAAGCAUGUCCAGGAAAUUAUUAUGUCUAUGAACUUGUGCGUCCACAAAUGGGGUGUUCAGGAUAUUGCAUAGAUGUCAGCACUAUCUCACAGGUGGUUUCCACUGCAAGUCCUGAUAUAAUACCUGGAUCUACUAUCACCUCCAAUUAUGACCCGUGCAAUAACUACAACACACUUGACAACGACUGGAGGAGCACAUAUACUUACUGGCCUGUGUAUAACGAUGUAAAUGGAUUUGAUAACAAUUAUGAAUGGGACGGCUGGUACAGACUCCUCAUGAAUGGAUUGAGUGCUCAGAUGCCGGACUGGUGUGCCUCUUAUAUGACAUGUGGAGGUGUUACUGCUCUGUGGCUUCAUGGAUCUCAUCCUCGACUAGAAGAUGGAGUUGUUACUCGUGAAGUUUACGGCUCCCGUGAUAAUCUGUGCAGUCGCUACAGAUCCAACCCAAUCCAAGUCAAAGCUUGUGCUGGAGAUUAUUAUGUCUACAAGUUUACCAGGCCUCCUAUUUCAAUCCAAGCUCCAAGAUACUGUGCAGUGUCUUUCACCACCCCAAGUGUCGACCCCUGCUACAACUAUACCAGUCUGGAUGAACCUUGGAGAUCCACUGAUAACCCUGCUAACUACUAUGGCAAUCAUUUUGAUUGGAGUGUAGCAUGGAAUGGCUGGUACAGGCUGUUCUACAACAAUCAGAGUGCUCAGAUGCCAGAUUCAUGUGUAAAUGAAGGCAUGUGUGGCACUUAUUAUCCACUGUGGCUCAAUGGAUCUCACCCAGAGCUGGAAGAUGGAGUGGUCCUCCGUCAGGUCUGUGUUUCUGCAUGGAAUGGCUGCUGUACUUUCACAUCCCACCCUAUAAGAGUCAAAGCCUGUCCUGGAGAUUAUUAUGUGUAUGAGUUUGUACAGCCAAGAACUCACUCAGCUUACUGUGUUGCUACAAACCAGUCCAGCACAGCAGUGACAACAACCCAGCCAAUCACAUCUGAAGAGUUCAUUAAUCCACCAACCACUGCUCCCCCUGUUGACCCCUGCAAUAACUACUUCAUCCUGGAUGACCCAUGGAGAGCCACCAGCAAUCAAAACUCCUCUCAGUUAAUGUGUGACAGAGCGGUGAGCUGGAGCGGCUGGUACCGUCUCUUCAUUAAUGGUCAGAGUGUUCAGAUGCCAGACACAUGUGUUGAUGAGAAUAGCUGCGGCACUCAUGCUCCACUGUGGCUGAGCGGAGGACAUCCAACACUUGAGGAUGGAGUGGUCACUAGAGAUGUCUGCGGACACUGGAGCAACAACUGCUGCUAUUUCCAGUCCAAUCCCAUUCAAGUCAAAGCCUGUCCUGGAGGUUUUUAUGUCUAUGAGUUUGUGAGGCCGACCACCUGCAAUUUAGCAUACUGUGCAGAUGUGAGGUUUAACACUAGCUAUACAACUGACACACCAGAGACGACCACAACAGAAACUACAACUACAAUAUCUGUGCAUACUACUUCCAGCUUUGAUCCAUGUCAUCAAUAUAACACUCUGGAUGAAUACUGGCGAAACAUAAGAAUAAGACACUACCUUGACCAUGAUGACACCAUGGUUGAAUGGAACGGCUGGUAUCGGCUGUAUCUGACUGGACAAAGUGCCCAGAUGUCUGAGUGGUGUAUGAGUUCAAUGGGCUGUGGUGGUUACACUGGACUGUAUCUCAACGGUUCUCAUCCAACACUUGAGGAUGGAGUGGUAACCCGUGAUGUUGUGGGAAGGAAUAUGUGGUCCAAUCAGUGUGGAAAAUACAGAUCCUCAUCCAUCCGAGUCAAAGCCUGUCCAGGAGAUUAUUACGUCUAUGAACUCGUCAAGCCAGAUCUGUCGAUCCCCAAACCUUCAUACUGUGCAGUUGUUAUCCCAAGCAUCAGUAGUGACCCCUGCUACAACUAUGAGUCUCUGGAUCGCCCCUGGAGAGCCAACAAUGAAAGUGGAGAUUCCCUGUGUGAUGAUUCUUUCACCUGGAGGGGCUGGUACAGGCUUUUCUACUUUGGAAUGGACAUCCGGAUGCCAGAGACCUGUACUACUGGAUUAAACUGUAACACAUACACAAAUCUGGUACUCGAUGGUCCUCACCCUCAGAUAGAGGAUGGUGUGGUGACCAGAGAGGUCUGUGGUAGUUCUUACUGGAGCGGCUGCUGUGAUAGCAAGUCAAUCCCCAUCAGAGUGAAAGCGUGUCCAGGAAAUUAUUAUGUCUAUGAACUUGUGCGUCCACAAAUGGGGUGUUCAGGAUACUGCAUAGAUGUCAGCACUAUUUCACAGGUGGUUUCCACUGCAAGUCCUGAUAUAAUACCUGGAUCUACUAUCACCUCCAAUUAUGACCCGUGCAAUAACUACAACACGCUUGACAACGACUGGAGGAGCACAUAUACUUACUGGCCUGUGUAUAACGAUGUAAAUGGAUAUGAUAACAAUUAUGAAUGGGACGGCUGGUACAGACUCUUCAUGAAUGGAUUGAGUGCUCAGAUGCCGGACUGGUGUGCCUCUUAUAUGACAUGUGGAGGUGUUACUGCUCUGUGGCUUCAUGGAUCUCAUCCUCGACUAGAAGAUGGAGUUGUUACUCGUGAAGUUUACGGCUCCCGUGAUAAUCUGUGCAGUCGCUACAGAUCCAACCCAAUCCAAGUCAAAGCUUGUCCUGGAUAUUAUUAUGUGUACAAGUUUACCAGGCCUCCUAUUUCAAUCCAAGCUCCAAGAUACUGUGCAGUGUCUUUCACCACCCCAAGUGUCGACCCCUGCUACAACUAUACCAGUCUGGAUGAACCUUGGAGAUCCACUGAUAACCCUGCUAACUACUAUGGCAAUCAUUUUGAUUGGAGUGUAGCAUGGAAUGGCUGGUACAGGCUGUUCUACAACAGUCAGAGUGCUCAGAUGCCAGAUUCAUGUGUAAAUGAAGGCAUGUGUGGCACUUAUUAUCCACUGUGGCUCAAUGGAUCUCACCCAGAGCUGGAAGAUGGAGUGGUCCUCCGUCAGGUCUGUGUUUCUGCAUGGAAUGGCUGCUGUACUUUCACAUCCCACCCUAUAAGAGUCAAAGCCUGUCCUGGAGAUUAUUAUGUGUAUGAGUUUGUACAGCCAAGAACUCACUCAGCUUACUGUGUUGCUACAAACCAGUCCAGCACAGCAGUGACAACAACCCAGCCAAUCACAUCUGAAGAGUUCAUUAAUCCACCAACCACUGAUCCCCCUGUUGACCCCUGCAAUAACUACAUCAUCCUGGAUGAGCCAUGGAGAGCCACCAGCAAUCAAAACUCCUCUCAGUUAAUGUGUGACAGUGCGGUGAGCUGGAGCGGCUGGUACCGUCUCUUCAUUAAUGGUCAGAGUGUUCAGAUGCCAGACACAUGUGUUGAUGAGAAUAGCUGCGGCACUCAUGCUCCACUGUGGCUGAGCGGAGGACAUCCAACACUUGAGGAUGGAGUAGUCACUAGAGAUGUCUGCGGACACUGGGGCAACAACUGCUGCUAUUUCCAGUCCAAUCCCAUUCAAGUCAAAGCCUGUCCUGGAGGUUUUUAUGUCUAUGAGUUUGUGAGGCCGACCACCUGCAAUUUAGCAUACUGUGCAGAUGUGAGGUUUAACACUAGCUAUACAACUGACACGCCAGAGACGACCACAACAGAAACUACAACUACAAUAUCUGAUGACAGAAACCCCUGUUCUGAACUCAACUGCUCCAAAGAGGAAAGGUGUGGGAUGAAAAAUGGUGUUUAUGGCUGUUUAUGUAACAAAGGCCACCAUAAGCACCGAGCAGCUCAAGACUCCUUUGAUUUCAAUGAGACCUGUGAGAGCAGCUCUGGCUCCAUGUCUGUGUCUCGCUGUCAGCUUUUUGAAGCUGGUUUUUCAGCUGAGCACUUACACCUCAAUGACCCCAGCUGCAGAGGAACCGUCCAGAACGGCAGAGUGGAGUUUAACUUCGACAACGAUCAACACAUCUGUGGCACAAAUCUUGUGGCCAACGGCAGCCACUUCAUCUACAGUAACUAUAUUGUGGGGACGCCGGGAACAGAAGGUCUCAUCAGCAGAGUGAGAAUCCUGAAGCUUUCUUUCAGCUGUGUUUAUCCUCAAACACAAACACUUUCCAUGAACGUGGAGAUCAACCCACUGCAGAGCACCGUGCACAAGGUCCUCCCCAGUGGUGAAGGGGUUUAUCAGGUGCGGAUGGUCCCGUAUGUGGAUGAAGAGUUCACUCAGCCCUUCACUGGUAGAGUGGAUGCAGAGCUGGAUCAGGAGAUGCAUGUGGAGGUUGGUGUUGAGGGGGUCGACAGCCGCCAGUUUGCCCUGGUGAUGGACACGUGUUGGGCUACACCUGUGAAUGACCCUGAUUACAGUCUCCGCUGGGACCUCAUCACUGAAGGGUGUCCCAAUCCUGAGGACGACACAGUGAAGCUGCUGCAGAACGGCGUCUCCACAAGCAGCCGUUUCUCCUUCAGGAUGUUCAUCUUCACUGCAAACUCCACUAAGCUUUACCUGCACUGUGCUGUUCACCUUUGCCUUCUGUCCAGUGAACAAUGCUCAACGAGCUGUGACUCUGGAGAGCAGCGGAGAGAGCGCAGGGCUCUGGAUCUCCAUGACAGUGCGUCACUAUCUAUGGGUCCUCUAGUGUGGUCUGGAGGAAACACAGAUGUUCAGCUUCUCCCAGACCAAGUGACGGUUUCUGAGGCUUCUUGUCUGUUUGCUUCUCUGGUGCUGUUGUUCAUUCCUCUGAUGAGUUUCUUCACCCUGUCCUAGUUUACUGACACAGAAAGUGCAACAUUUAGACUGGUUCAUUUAAUUGAUGUGGAACUGGUUGUGGUAUUUCUUUAUAAAUAUUGUUUUAUGAAGGUUAGAAAUGUACAUUAUACAUUAUAUAUAUUGUAAACUGUUUUUAAACGCUAGGUUAUUUUAAAAUUUAUUUAGGAUGAUGUGCGUUAGUAAAAAAAUUUAAAUAAAAACCUGCCAAAACAUUAUUAUGGUUGAUCUGUUGAAUCUUUAAGUUUGACGAAAUAAAAUUAGUUAAGAUAAGUUGUUUUGUAAAAACAAAUAAUUCAGGCAAUUAAAACAAGGGCAUAAAAUUCAAAAGGUGAAUGAGGAAAAAAUAAAUAAUUUCUAUGAUUA